UGUGACAGCUAGUGUCCGCGCGCUUCUGUGGGCGGGGUGGCGGGGCUGCUGGCGUCACGUGGGCCGCCGGGUCACGUGGGCUCUGCGGUCACGUGGCGCCCGCGCCGUCAGCUGAGGUCACGUGGCGCGUCCGAGCCCGGCCCGCUUCCGAGUUGCGGCGGCUCCGGGCAGGCGCCGCGGGCUCGCUGGGUUCGGGCGCGGCUCACCAUGCGCGCCGGGCAGUGCGCGGCGCGGGCUCCGGUGCUCCAGUUCACCAACUGCCGCAUCCUGCGCGGCGGCGCGCUGCUCAGGGAGGACCUGUGGGUGCGCGCGGGCCGCAUCUUGGACCCUGAGGAGCUGUUUUUUGAGGAGCGGCGCGUGGCUGACGAGCGGCGGGACUGCGCGGGCCGCAUCCUGGCGCCCGGCUUCAUCGACGUGCAGAUCAACGGUGGAUUUGGUGUUGACUUCUCCAAGGCCACGGAGGACGUGGGCUCAGGGGUCGCCCUGGUGGCCCAGAGGAUCUUGUCCCACGGUGUCACCUCCUUCUGCCCCACUCUGGUCACUUCCCCACCAGAGGUUUACCACAAGGUGAGGUCAGGCUCCCUGCCUAAGGCAAGGAGGGCCCCUUGGCAGCCAGCCCCUAACUUUCGGAUGUGCCCCCGGCUCUGGGCACCUGAGUCCGCCCUCACUUCUGCCCUCCUUCCACUUGAGCAUGGGGUCGUGGCCCGCCCCGGGCUUUCUCCACGAGUUGUCUGGCUGCCUGGUGUCUGCAGCUGUCCCUACAUUUGCUGUCAGCAUUCUCACCGGCCACAGAUCUUCCCCACCCCCAACCCCCACUGGCCUCCUCCAGGCCUCCCGGAGCAAGGUCUCCUGAGACUCUGAUUGCUACGACCAUUGUCUCUGGUCAGGCUCUUCCUCCCUAACCUGCCUGUGACUCACUUGAACACGCCUUGCAGAAAGAGCUGCUCCCCCGCUCCCCGCUGCUUCCCUGCGUUCUGAGCUACUUUCACCUGCAUCCCUCACCCUUCCACUCUCCUCCUUAGGACUUCUUUUCGUUUGGUUUUCUUCCCCAAGUGUUACUCAGGUUCUUAAUCUACCAAAGCAUUCGAGAGUAGGUUGCAUGCAUCGAGCCUUUCUUUCUUGAAAACAUGGGUAUUCUCUUAAUACAACCACAGUUUGGCGGUUGAGUUUGGUAAUUUAAUGCUGUUCCCCAUACUUUAAUGGAUCCCAUCAUUCCUGUUUUGUUAUUUGCCUCAGCUGGUUUUUCCUCCAGUACAGGAUCUAUUUCAGAAUGAGGGAGUGUGUGGCAGCCUGUGGGUCCCUUUCUGGGUGUGUGGUCACAGAGUCAGAUUAGGGAACCAUGGGUGAAGUGUGUGGGCUUGUGGUCCUGGCCUCCUGACUUCUGUAUCAGCUGGAAGACUUGGGACAACCUUAGCCUUUCUGAGAAUAAUCUUGUCCAGUUGUUGGGCACUGGGCACUCUUGUACAUGUUUAAACAAUCAAUAAAUGGCAGCUAGGGGAUCUUUCUAGAAAUUUCCCACAGCUCUCCCAGUAAACAGUCAAAUGUCAAAAAAAACAAACCUGUGGUCCUGCAGCAAAUGGGCACCUGGCUUUCCCAGCUGCUCUCUUGGGCUCUGGGUCCUGCCACAAUGACUUUUUAAAAUAACAGGACUGAGCACUGCCCUUGCCCCAGGAACAUUCCCUAGUACCUGAGGAGCCUCUUCUCUCUCCCGAGGCACAUUCCAGUAGCUCCAGGUGUCCCCUCUCCUGCCCCCACACCUCAACCACGGAGCCUUGCUCCUGCAGCUGGUCUGACCAGUGUGAUGCAGUUAGCCGGCUUCUUAACUUUGCUUCCUAAUACCUGUUGCAGUCCAGGUACCUUUUAGACUCAACUGACACUGAUAGGUGAAAGCCUCAGGAGGCAGACAGCAAACUACUGAGGGUAGAGAUCAAAGAGGGCUUUGAAUAUGAAAACUUAAUAUCACCAUUGUCUUAGAAACCAGAGGACACUGUCGGAGCAUGGUGGUGUACACCUGUAAUUCCAGCUACUCAGGAGGCAUUGGUAAGAGGAUCGAUGUGCCAGACUAGCUCUAGGCAAAAAGCACAGGACCCUAUCUAAAAAAUAACUAAAGCAAAAGCAGGAAAGGGAUUCUGGGGUUUGGUCAAGUGGUGGAGCACCUGUCUAGCAAGCCCAAGAACCUAAGUUCAAACCCCAGUAACUGCCAAAAAAAGAAGGAAACCAGAGGAUGCUCCCUUUGGAGACCUCCCCUCCCAUGCACCCUCCCUCUACAGGGCCCCUCAACACCAGGUAAAAAUGAUUUGUGAUUUUCCACUUUGCUUGAAGUUACCCACUCUUGUCAUCUAUGUCUGGUUCACUCAUACCCUUUGCUUUUUUCUGGGGGCUCCUCUAACCCUUCCCUUUGCUGUCAUUCCAGGAGGCACAUGUGCCCCUGUUCUUUGCUUCAAGUUCAUUAUCUGCUGAGUCAAGGUCAGGCACAUCCUCAGGGUGGCAGCCCCAUAGGACCUCCACAUUUGGAUUUUUCCAGCUGCUUCCCUGCCUUAAACGUGUCUCAUUCCCUCCACCUCCAGCCUACUGUUUAUCCUGUUUUUAUUUAGUGCUCUUGCUUUGCCUCUCAAAGCUCUGUUGUAGAAAAAUUCAGUCAUCUUUUUUUAUUAUCUCCAUGAACUUGUUUAUCCACAAUAACUUAUGGGAUAACAAGCAGUUUCCACCCUAGGUGCCAUCACUUUCAACUCGGCUGUCUUCUUAGGAAUUCACCUGCAUGUCUUAAAAAUUAUGCUGCUCUUCCUGCUUGACUUUUCAGUUUGGGCAUUGUCUGUUGCCUCUCACCAGGGAAAGAUAAGGAUCAUCCCUCUUAUCCACUUCUGUCUCCUCAUACUGUAAUUUUGAUUAGAUCAACUGUGUAACUCUCAUUGGGGAGCUAAGGGGAGUCCCACUCACUUACAUUUUCUUACUUGCCAACUCUGGUUUCCCUAGAGUUAAUGUUCUUUGCUUGGGGACGAGAGGUGUGGCUCAAGAGGUGGAGUGGCUGCUUUGCAAGCUCAAAGGAAGCCCUGAGUUCAACCCCCU